AUCUCAAAGGCGAGAAGUCUCCGUAUCGGGCUUGGGGCGACUGCGUUAGGGUUUUUCAGAGCCAGAGGGAAGAGGGAGAGAGAAGGCAGAGGAAGAUGAGUAAAGAGAAGAAGGUCGCCCCAAAGGGGAAGAAGAAGGGAGCGAGCUUCGUUAUAGACUGUUCGAAGCCAGUAGAAGACAAGAUCAUGGACAUCGCCUCCUUGGAGAAGUUCCUGCAGGAGCGAAUCAAGGUCGGAGGCAAGGCCGGUGCUCUUGGCGAUUCCAUUACCAUUUCUCGUGAUAAGAACAAGAUUACCGUGACCUCUGAUAAUCCCUUCUCUAAGAGGUACCUCAAGUAUUUAACAAAGAAGUACUUGAAGAAGCACAAUGUUAGAGACUGGCUUCGGGUCAUUGCAUCCAACAAGGACCGCAAUGUUUAUGAGCUGCGGUACUUCAAUAUUGCUGAGAAUGAGGGCGAGGAAGAGGAUUGAUUAAUUCAUCAGUUUCUUUGUUUUUCCUUUUCUUUUUUGUUUACUCGGACAAUUCAGUAAACCAUCUUUUAGGACUUGAUACCAGUUUUGCCUUCCAGGAACUAUGUAGUGUGCACGAGAACUUGAGUGUUGGUUUUCCUAAUUCAAGGGUUUUAUUUAUCUGAAAAAGCAGGGCGCAUUGUCAUGUGAGUAGCUCACUCAGGUCCUCA